AUGGCUACUCGGAACCAGGAAGUUGAACGUCUUGCAAAAGACAUCAACCGAAUAGAUGCUUUUACAACACAAAAUCAAGAAACACUAAUGGGCUUGAAAGCAGCUUUUGAUCAGAUGCAAGCAACAUUUUCAAAACUGGAACAACAAGGCACUUUGAUUCCAAGAAACGAGGGUGAUAGGCUCAGCAGUAAUCGCUUAACAAAAGUAGAAUUUCCCAAGUUUAAUGGUGAUGAUGUUGAAGGGUGGAUGUAUAAGUGUGAACACUUCUUUUCAAUAGAUGAUACCCCUGAAAGGUACAAAGUUAGAUAUGCUGCUGUCCAUCUAGAGGGUAGAGCCUUGCAAUGGCAUCAAGGGUUUAUGAAAUCCUCUGGGAAACAGAUAUGUGAUGUGACUUGGGAUGAGUAUACAAGAAAUGCAUCCACUAGAUUUGCUGCAACACUAAUAGAGGAUGCUAUGGGUGCACUCAAGGCAUUAAUCCAAACUGGUGAACUAGAAGAUUACUGUGAUGAAUUUGAUCUACUUUUGAAUAAGGUAACAUUACCUGAUGAGUAUACAAUUAGUUUGUUCAUUGAAGGGUUGAAACCUGAAAUUAAGUGCCAUGUCAAAAUGUUUAAACCUAAAACAUUGAGGGAGACAUAUUCUUUGGCAAGAUUGCAGAAUCAGUCAAAUAAGACCUUGGGUUUGGGUAGUAUGAACACAGGUUCCACCAGUUACAAAUACAAUUUCCAAUCCACAAGAACUAAUAAUUUGACAAAUAUUGGCAAGCAGCAUGUGCUAGCCACUCCUGUUAAUUCUGUACCAUCAAAUGCAAUCGUUCCCAAGAAAGUUACAAAUAAAUACAUGGAUGACAAAAGGGUAAAGGGAGAAUGUUUUUAUUGUAAUGAAAAGUAUGUAGCAGGGCAUAGCAGAGUGUGCAAAGGCAAGAAACAGUUGUUUUUAGUGGAAGUGGAUGAAUAUCCUAAGGAUGAAGAAUUGGAAGGAUUGGAGGAAGAGUCUUCUGUGCAGGGUGAUCCACAGAUUUCCUUAAAUGCCCUUAUGGGUAUCCCUUCCUACUCCACUAUGCAAGUGGUGGGCACAGUUGGUACCAAGCAACUGUAUAUUUUGUUGGACAGUGGGUCUACCCACAACUUAAUGAGCAGUGCUUUGGCCCAAAAGUUAAGGUGUCUGGUCAAACAAAUUAAUAAUGUACAAGUCACUGUAGCUGACGGUAAUAAAGUGGAAUGUGUGAAUGUCUGCAAGGACUUUCAAUGGGUCAUGCAGGGCAACUGGUUUACUACUGAUAUGCUGGUAAUUGAUCUCAAUAACUAUGAUAUUGUUUUGGGCAUUCAGUGGUUAGAAACUUUGAAUGACAUUAUAUGGAAUUUCAAAAACUUGACUAGGAAGUUUACUGUGGCUGGUCAAGAAUUUGAACUCAGGGGAACUAAGAAGCAAGGGGUGAGUUUAUGUUCAAUGGAUAAGAUAGCAAUGAUGAUCAAGUCUCAAGUGAAUGUUUCUCAGGCUCAGUUGUUUACCAUUCAAGAUUCAACAACUAAAGAUUGCAUGUAUCAACCAAUCAUUGGUAAUACUGAAGAAAAGGCUAAUAUAGACAUAUUGUUACAAGAAUAUGAGGACAUCUUUGAAGUUCCUCAAGGGUUACCUCCUUUAAGACCUUUUGAUCACAAAAUUGUAUUAAAAAUGACAACGUGA